AUGGAGGACCCGCUAGUGCAACAACAGGCAGCUGAAGGAGCAAUCCUACGAGCGAAGGCGGCCUUUGUCGCGUAUCCCUUAGAUGUCCUCAAGACCCAGGUGCAAUCGGGGCAUCCGCGCUACAACCGGCUCACGCGCUUGCCGUGCCUCGUCAAGGAUUACAAGCUGAAGAUCUUCCGGGGCUACCCAGGAGUUGGUGCCAAUUCCUUCCUCAUGGGCGCUUUGAUGUUCGGUGGCUACCGAUUCUUCGACAACUUUUGGGCCUUGUACCAGGUGCCCGACUACUGGCGCCCGGCCGUGGCGGGCGGCAGUAUCGGCGCGCUGUGCGGGCUGGCGGCGACGCCGCUGGAGCAGGUGAAGACCAUCAUGGCGCUGCAGGAGACCUGGCUGAAGGAGCGCAAGAUCACCAAGCGAAUCUAUGGCUCGGUGCUGCAAGGCGCCUGGAAGGCACCUUUGUCCCUGAAGUUCUAUGCUGCCACACCGCUGGUGAUCCGCACGGCGCUCUUCGAUAGUCAGCUCUUCUUCUACAACAGCCGGCUUCGUGAGUGGCUCCACAGCGGCGCCUGCCCUGAGAACCUCCAGUUCCUUGUGAGCACCUUGGGCUUCAUGCUGGCGGGCCUCGUGGGCGCCACCGUGAACUACCCCUUCGAUCGUGUGAAGGGGCACAUGAUGGGCCGCGCCUUCCAGGCCUCCAUCGGCGAGAAGCCGAAGGAGAGCACCUACGGCGCUUUUGCCUCGGUGGUGCGGCGCCACGGCUGGGCGGGGCUCUUCCACGGGCUGCCCACGCGGUCCGUGCUCCACGCGGUGGUCUGGUGCGUGGUGGGCGCUGGACGGGAGCUGUGCGAGCGCGGGGGGCUCCGGGAGCGGGCGAAGGAGACGCUUGGAGGAGAAGGGGAGGAGCUGUCUGGAGGGAAGGAUAUCUUAGGGCCGGUGACCCUGUCGAGCAGCGUGAACAACGUGCUCGGCACCUCUGUGGUGGGCGGUCUGAGCGUCGGAGUGUCCACCUUGGCCUCCCAGGCCUAUGGAGCUGGCAAUGACCUGGCCAUGGCCUUGGUACUUCAAAGGGCGAUCAUGGUUACCCUUCUGGGCUCGAUCCCUUGCGUGAUCCUUUUGGCAUUGAUCAGGCCGAUCCUAGAGAUGCUGGGCAUGGAGCCACACUUUUGCAGCGUGGCCGGCGGCUACGCGCUGACGGUUCUUCUGGUGACGCCCUUCAUGGGUUUGCAGCGGUCGAUUGGCACCUGGCUGGUGGCGCAGAGCCUCGGAAAGCCUCGGUUGGAGGCCUUGGUGGUCACCAGUGCGGAGCGGGAUCCCUUGGAUGGUUGGUGGGUUGCUUCGGCCAACGGAAGAGCUGACGAGGUGGUCGAUGUAGCCUCCCCGGCAUAUGAUGGGAUUUUUUAUGGGGUGGACAUGGCCGAGAGACCGUGCCCGCGCUCUGCGCGGGCUGCGCGACAGUUCAAGAGCUUUGGUUCUAAUGCUGGGAGUUAUUGCUUGGGCAAACAUGUGCAGGGCAGUACCACACAUGAGGGCAGUGCGGGGCAGUGCCCGCUGCUGCUGGGGUUCCACGCCGCGUGGAUGAUUGUGAUUCUGAUUGCCUUGCCUGCUCACACGGCGCUGACGGUGUCCCUGACCGGCCGCUGGAGCUACUUGGGCGCGGGCGUCGCCAUGACGCUGAGCACCGGCAUGCAGGCGAUCCUGAUCUAUCUCUACAUCUCCUUCUCUUCGACCUGCUCAAGGACCUGGCGCGGGUUCAGCUGCGAAGCCUUCAAAGACUGGGGGCCUUUCUUGGAGAUCGCUCUGCCAGGGGUUUGGAUGAACACGGAGUAUUUUGUGGGAGAAUCCUUGACGCUGGCGGCGAGCAUGCUGCCGGAUCCUGACACGUGCUUGUCCGCCUUGUCCAUCUACCAGCUCACUCAGACGACCUGCUAUCAGAUCCCCAGUGGCCUACGCAUGGUCAUCAGCUCACGCCUCGGGAACCAACUGGGCGCCAACCAGCCGGAGGAGGCCGCGUUGGGCGAACGGCUGGUCCUGUUGUGGUUGACCAUUCCAGCAGUGCUACUGCUGGUCUUCACCCGGCAGUGGGGAUUGCUCUUCACCCAGAACGAGGCCGUGCUACACUUGCUGGACACCUUGGUUUGGCUUCUGCUCAUGUACAGCAGCCUGGACGCCCUCCAGGCCUACAACAACGGGACCUUGGCCUCGUGCGGGCAGCAGCAGAUCAGCGGCCGCUGGGCGCUCCGAGCCUAUCUGGGCGUCAGUCUCCCCGUGGGGCUGCUUUUGGCCUUUGCUUUUCGCUGGGGCCUCCUGGCUGGUUCUGCUCGGUUUCGGAUGGGGGUGGACGCGGUGAGAGGUGUGGUGGGUCUAUGUGCUGGGCACUGUCUGGGCAAACUCUGCCACGUUGUCCCCUGCUGGCGUGCGCUGAAGCGCAUCGACUGGGAGGCGGAAGCCAAGCGGGCAGCGGAGCGUGUGGAGCAUGUUCGGCCCAUGAGUGUGGCGCUUGUACGCUGA